AAAAAAUGAAAUCAACAUUUAAGAACAUUUUAUUUUUUAUGUCAUUUCUAGUAACGAUUUGUUUUCUUAUGUGGAUAAUGAACUGGCAACCUAAAGUUGAACAUUUCAGUGUAUUCAGCAGUUACUUAAAAAACAUAACCUCUUACGUACUAGCAGAAGAUCAGAAUCUCCGCCUGCUUCAAGAUUUAGCCAGCCAGCAUAAAGUAACUACAGCAGAUUGUAAAAAUCUCUUUUUCAAUGCGCAACUGAACAAAAGUAUCGAAAACGUAAUGCACAUUGGGCAAAACGAGCUGAACGAUUCCUCCUAUAUUAGUUUAGCCAAAGAUUGUGGGAAUUUCCGAAAGUCGCGCGGAUACAUCACGUCCUCAUUAUCCGCGGAGGAAGAGGAAUUCCCGAUCGCUUUUACGAUAAUGGCGUAUAAAGACUCCGAAAUGGUGGAGCGUUUAUUAAGGGCAAUCUACAGACCACAAAACUAUUACUGUAUUCACGUUGAUGCUUCCUCGGAUUCUGGAUUCUACCAAGCGAUGCUGGCCAUCUCUAAAUGUCUUCCGGGUGUCUUUUUGCCUGAGAAUAGAAUUGAUGUAAAAUGGGGCAAAUUUUCUGUCCUGGAAGCGGAAAUAGUCUGUUUGAAGGAACUGUGGCGUUACACUCGCUGGAAGUACUUUAUCAACCUCACCGGGCAGGAGUUCCCGUUAAAAACGAAUUGGGAACUUGUGAAAAUUUUGAAAGCUUUUGACGGUGCCAACAAUAUUGAAGGAACGAUUAAAGGCGCCAACACGUACAGGUGGCGGACCAAGCCGCCUCUAGGCCUGCGGCCGGUGAAAGGUGCGGUGCAUAUUGUAGCCAACAGGAAUUCUCAUGGUUUGACAGUACCUUUAAAAAGGACGAUGGAAGCUUUAGUUGAUUCACAAUUUAGUAAAAAGACCUCUUGA